AUGUUCGAUAAACUGUAUGAAAAAGGUAAAGAACUUGUAUCACCAAACAAAAGAAACAAGGGAGCAGCAGAGAAAGAACAGGAGCUUCAGAGAGAUCGACAUCGCAAAUUGCAAGAGGAAGCCGACAAAGAGUUCUACAAAACCCAUCAAAGAGAAGGAGAUCAAGUUCAUCAUGGCAAUCCUCAUACCGAUGUAAAUUUGUUAAUGAUGACCUCAUUUCAAGUUACCAAUCCUCCUCCACAAGUCUACCCACUUAAUAAUAAUCGUAAUCUUCUUUUAGAUAAUAAUAAUAAUAUUAUUCAUAUUAAUAAUAAUAAUAAUAAUGGUCAAUUUAAUAAUCCAAAUUAUGUCAAUAACCAAUUUAAACAAAAUAAUGGCGUGUAUUCCAACAAUAUGAAUAUUCAAAGUCAACAGAAUCAACAUUUACCACCUGCCACUUUUAUGACUGAAGUACAACAAUGUCAGGGUUGUAUUAAACACCAAAAUAAUCUUCAACAUUUUGCACAGAGCAUGAACAAUGAAAUCAUCCAUAAGGACAACACUAUCUAUAGUCUCACCAAAGAUAACAUCCAAAUGUCCAACACUAUCGAUAAUCUCACCAAAAACAACCUCCAAAUGUCCAACACUAUCGAUAGUCUCACCAAAGACAAAGAGUUUCAACUCAGACAAGCAAACGACAAGUACAAUAAUCUUUCAAAGGUAAAGAAUGAUGAAAUCAGGGAAUGGAGUGGUAUGAAUCAAAAAAGUUUGGAUCAAAUCUCUACAAGGGACACAGAAAUCAAAAAGAUGAAUGCCACUAUGGAAAAAUACAAGACAUCUAUUCGUGAAUGGACACAACUAACCGAACAACUCAAAAAUGCCAAUAUCCAACUCAAACAAACCAACACUGUACAAAUCAACAGGAUCGACGAUCUCAACCGUCAAAUUGCAGAACUUCGUGAAUCACUAAACUCUUACAAGAAUCUAUCUGAUCAAUACUUUGAAACCAUCGAAGAAAAGUCUAGAGCCAUCAAUGACUUGCAAUCGAAUAUUCAGUCUAGUCGUGCCAAUGCCAAUGAACAAAUGGCCACUGAAUUCCGUCAAAACAAUAGUCAAGCUUCCAUAUUGUCAACCAAGCGACCAAUGUUGGACAAGUUUGCAGAAAACUAUCUAAUUUUCAUCGAUCAAACCAUUGCACCCUUUAUGAAUGUCAUUCCAAUGACAAUCGAUGAUAGAACCGUUGCCUUUAUAGUCCAACAAAUCUUCCAAGGUUGUUAUGAAAUUUGUAAACAAACCAUUCUAGGUCCACUCUCUACUCUUACUCUAAGCAUGACACCCCAAGGAAAACAAAAUAUGGAAAACACCUAUUUUGAAAAUAUUGGUUCAAUGGAUUUAAAAUCAAUCAUCCCCUUUCAACAAGUUUAUCAAGAAUUUAGUAAUCUACAUCAAUUAAUAUCAUCGGAUGAUAUUAAUUCACUUGUAGAUGGGUGUUGUAAAUUAUCAUGGAGAAUUAUAUUGACUCAACCAUCUGUAGAGUUUAUCUAUAAUCUCAACCCUUGUGAAUCAUUCAACAAGGAUUGUCAUUCUACUUUUCCAAGUCCAGAUCCUUUGGAGAAAGGAUAUCUAGAUAUAUGUGUUAUUCCUAAAAUGGUUACUGUCAAGGAUAAGAUUCAAGUAACAAAAGCUUUGGUUUUCUUGGGUGAGAGUAUCGAAGAAGUAUCUUUUAAUCAAAAAAUCAGUCCUUCAAAUUUAAUUGAUUUGGUAAAUGUACAUUGUCCAAAGAAUAAUAAUAAUAAUAAUAAUAAUAAUAAUAAUAAUAACAACAAUAUAAAUAUAGAUAAUAAUAAUAAUAAUAAUAAUAAUAAUAAUAAUAAUAAUAAUAAUAAUAAUAUUCAACCUAAAAUUGAUGAAUCAAAAAAUGGAUCAAUGAAAAAAAAAAGUUCAUCAUCUAUCCCCGAACAAGAACCAACAACAACAACAACAUCUAAAACCAAUGGUGAUUUCUGUGAUAAUAAUAAUAGUAAUCAUUUUGGAUUCGACACCAAGAAGGAUUCAACAAUGGCUACACCUAGCUCUAAACAUUCCACCAAUGAAAAUUGGUCAACAUUUGAUAAACCAGCAGAAGUUGAAGAUGGAAUGGAUAUCGAUGAUGAGAAGAAGGAGUCUGAUGUUUGUCAUGGCCAUGACCCUCGUCACGAGGAAAAGAACAUCCCACAUGACAAUUAUACUGUUGGAGAUGAAGAUCACACCACCACCACCACCACCACCACCAAACCAACGAUGAAUGAUGGUUUUUCUUGCAAAGUUUUAAACUCAACCACUGUUACCACCUCUAACCCUAAACCAACUAAAACAAAGGUCCCUGCAUCCAAGAAACCUGCAGCAAAAAAACCAUCUGGUUCCAACGCCCGUCUCAAUUCAGAGGAUCGUUACAGUGUUGAUGAAUAA